CCCUAAUGAUGUCAGUUUAGUUUCAGUUUAAAAAGAAUAUGGCCGUGUUAGGCCCGGGUGUGAGUGUAAAUAUGAAUGGGCAUAGUAAUAUUCAUAGUCAGCUAACAAAAUCAUUAGAAAGGAUCUUAGAAGAUGCAUAUUUGAGUGGUGAAUUAAAAUUGAGCGGACGUAAGUUGCGAGAAUUUCCGAAACCAGUGAAAUAUGACUUGAGUGAUACUGUUGUUGCUGAUUUAUCCAAAAAUCGCUUCAGUGAAAUGCCAGAGGAAGUGACCACAUAUAUAUACUUAGAAAAGUUAUUACUAUCACAGAAUAUAAUAAGAAGUAUACCAGAUAGUGUGGGAGGAUUGCAGUCGCUAACAUAUUUAGAUCUCAGUUCAAACCAGCUAACAGAGCUGCCUCGGGAAGUAUGCCUGAUGCCAUUGCAAGUCCUCCUUCUCCAGGACAACUUACUGACCAGUCUUCCUAAAGAGAUUGGCAAGAUGACGUCACUAGCUGAACUAGACGCUUCCAAUAAUAAAAUAACCCAAGUGCCGAUGACAUUGGGCGACUGUACAGGUCUACGGUGUCUGGACCUCAGUAACAACCAAUUGGGACUGUUACCAUUACAGAUCACAUACCUCCGUCUGGAACACCUAGAUGUGAGCUGUAACUGCAUCUCGUCCUUACCGCUGGAGCUGCGAAAUAUGACCACCAUCAUAACUCUGAACUUAGACAAUAAUCCACUCGUAUCACCUCCGACUACUAUUUGCAUGCGCGGGCGCGUGCAUAUAUUCAAAUAUUUGGAGAACAUGUCGAACAAGGAUACCUUGCAGCACAGAAGGGUGGAUGAGACGAGAAGAACAGCAAAACACACAUCCUACAUCAGCUCACCAAACAACCAGAUAACGUCUGGUAACGCUACGAUCGACUGUCUGAGACACAAACCUAGACACGUGGUCGACAGCGGAUACUGCACGGAUGGAGUCGAGAAGAGAUGGUCCAAUGAUGGUGGCUGUGAGACGGGCGGAGGCUCAGGGCGCUCCACACCCAGUACUCCAUCCACGUUGUCCCCGGCCACGCUGUCCAGGGCACAGUCCCUCUCCAGCGAGUCCCCCCUCGCACCCCUAACACCCGUCCUCACCGGCGUCCGUAUAUCACCCGAUGGGAAUGUAUCCAGCGAGGAUAAGAGUAAAUUAGCUCAUCAACAAACAUACAGACAAUACAAAGAAGCCUUAAGACAGCAGCGGCAGCAGGACGUGUACCGCCCCCGCACCGACCAGCCCUCCCCUGACCUGGACUCCCCACAAACCCAAAGCCCGGUCCACUUCCAGAAAUCCCCACACUCCCCCAUCAACGGAUACAGUAACGUAUCACCAUACAACAGAUCUCUAUCCAACAAUUCCUCCCCGAACACACCGAAUGUUCCAAACAGCCCCAGCUCCCCCGUCCUACAUUCGACGCCGAGGAGGCUAGCCCAAAACGGCAACACCGACAAAGAAGAAACAAAACGACCUGUCCAAAAAGUCGUUCCGUCACGUAACGUUAACAAAAUGUACACAUCCGUCAACGGUAACAUAGAUUACACGAAACUGAACGGUGAUCUGUACACUAAGCCGACAUCUCCGACUAAAUCACCGACUAGUAGUCUAGGGUAUAAUAGCAUUAAAUCGAAUAUACCGAGGCAGAACGGCGACGCUAAGCUUUUUACAACCGCGGUGUCGUAUUUGAAAGGUGCUGGAAAUAAACCGAGCGGGAAAAUAGCUUGGAACAAAGAAACGGCGCCGGAGAAACUCAGCUUCACUAUGAAGAGGGAGUUUGAUAAACAGAAGGAGGAAACGGAGUUAUUGCAGCAACUUAGAACGAUAAUAGAGUCCCGCCUGAAGAUGUCUCUCCCCGAGCAGCUGGCCCCGGUGUUGUCGGACGGGGUGGUGUUGUGUCACCUCGCCAACCACGUGCGUCCGCGGGCCGUCGCUUCAGUUCAUGUACCCUCGCCCGCACAGCCAAAGCUAACAAUGGCAAGGUGCAGGCGGAAUGUCGACAAUUUCUUGGAGGCCUGUCGAAGAAUCGGCGUGGAGGAAAAACUCAUGUGCUGUGCAGCGGAUGUUCUUGAGGGUAAAGGGACAGUUCAAGUGGCUAUAACAGUAACGGAACUUCUUAGACGACACGCCAUCAUCAGGGAACAAACCCCCACCCCCACACAUACACCAACUCUAACCCCAACCCCCACUCCAACUCCUACCCCAACCCCGACCCCCACACCCGCCACCUAGCGCCCAAAACUAGCGGUCGCGCCUCAGUCCACUUUAUCUUUAUAGUGUAGACUAUAGGCUGUGGAAUUCUCUGUUCUGGGCUAUUCGAAAUGACUUCUUGGAAAGAUUACAUAACAAUGUAUUCUUCAACAUAUAUUUUCACGUCAGGAAUGAAAUCAAAGACUAGGAUAUACUUAGGCUUGGGUUUAAGUAAUCGUAUGACGUAUUUAAUGUACGAAUGAUGAAAGGACCAACGUUCAAGGACCAUGAAGGUUUUAAUGCGACUAAAUAUUAAAGUUGAGGCGUUUUAACAUUGACAUAUAUCAUUAUGAUGAUAUUUAAACUGCUCGGAGUCCAUUUAUUUCCUAGUCAUUAGGUACCUAAACUUAAUGGACUUUAGAACUGGUGCGAUGUUUUGAGAUUAAUUGAUAUUGUUUCUGUUUAUAAAAACAUUGCUUAACGGAAAAAUAAAAGUAUUCGGUACAGAACAAACCAAAUAAACUACAUCGCUGCCAUAUUACAUUACCUUGUAAUGGUCUAUAUAUGUACUGAGUUUUAAUCGGUAUAAAUAUGUAUAAGAGGUGAUAUAAAUUUGUCCAAACAUGGUCGAAUCGUCCUAUAGAUCUAUUAGACGGGCGUGAAUUGAAUUUCUUUCGGGUAAUUAUUCAGAUAGAGUAAUUUUGUUCUAUGCACUUAAAAUUUAGUUUAGGUCACUCGCGUCUCAAACUCUUACACGCACAUUUGAAUUAAAAAUAAAUUUUGAUAUUAUAAGAUAUUAGUGACCUUGAUAAUAGCUGAGGAAUGUCUCCCAAUAUAUUAGCAUCGAGACUUAACCCGACAUUUUCGGGAAUUCGGGAUAUACCGUUUUGUGUGAAUCCCGAAAUAUUAAAAAGGUUUUCAUUGGUCGAUAAUUUGGCCGUAGCAUAAUUAGAAUUAGUCAAUUUUUUAGACACUACUUAGGUAUUUUGAAGCAUGGAUGACCUAGAUGUAUUAUAUAAUAAAGAAAUGACGUCACAAUAUUCAGUACAUCAAGUAACUAGUCAGCGUAAUCUUUUCCCAAAAUCAUAACCUACUUGAUAGAUAUCAACGAGCUUAUACAACAUUAACAGACCACCGUCAGUGCUUUACACUUAUCACGAAUUUAAUAUUGAAAUGAAUUUUUUGGUGAUUUUACAUUCGUGUAGUAACUACGUCCUUAUAGAAGCGGUGCGGUGACGUGUUCAUGGAUAAGAUUAGAUUAGUGAAAUCAAAAUGGACCAUCUCGGUGCAGACGCACAACGCCAUUUACACGCUUUAAUACGUGCUAAUUUAAGAUUUCGUGGAGAGCUUUUGUCAAAUUCUUAUUCGCUUCGAUAUAAUUACAGCUUUCAUUACAGUCUUAAAAUCGUUUCCGUUCUGUUUAAAAAGCCUCUAGUUAAAUGACAAUAUUGAAACAGAAUGUUGACUUAAUACUAGUUCAUUCUGUCAAAUAAACUCCUUCCAGUUAUAUUCCAUAAUUAAUUCUGUAGCUUGCAAUUUUAUGAUUUCUUACGCUUAGUACUUUGAGAUUCGCUGUUAAAUUUAAAGACUGAUAUUUCAAAGUUAAAUCCUCGAUAUAAGGAAAGAAAGUGCCAUUACUCGAGCAAUUUACUUAGCGUUGAGGACUGCUUAAUAAUUAUUACGUAAUAUUACGUAGAACAUUUUAUUUCCCUGUCAUGACAUUAACAAAGUAAUUGACUAUCUGUGUGUUUUAUGCCUGGCUGUGUUUAUAAAUAUAGUGUAGGAGCUUCUAUAAAAAUCCAGACAAAACUAACAUCUCCAAUGUUGCAAUUAGACGGACAUAUGUCGUAUUGCAUGCAAUGAAUUGGCUGUGAGUUAGUGUUUUUCAGCCUGCUCGUUAAUAGCUAUAAUUACAGCCGUGUGUUCCAAUCGAUGAAGUAAAAAUUAACAUUAAAUGAGAUAAUAAGGAACACCGAAACACGAGCAAUAAAUAAUCUCAAGUUCCUGUGUUUUUAUAACGAAAAUUCAUUGUUUACAAGUACAUAUUAUCAGUCGUCCAAUCUCCAGGAAUACUUCGAAUGAUCCUUAAUGCAAUGUCCGAAAAUUGAAUUUACUUUAACAACACUUAUACUGAAGUUUUCAUGGAAUAAUAGAAUGUAUGUCAUAGUGAAGUUUUAUAAAACAUCAGUGUAAAUAUUUUUGUCUUAAGUUUUAAUGCUCUCAAUUUUUUUUCAUUACCACCGAAUAUAUAUUUAUAUUUCUAAAAUACUCAAACUUUAUAUAAAAAUUAAUAAAUUUUUAUUCUCGUCAUUAUAUUUGUAGUCAUAUCUUCACUCACUUUACGAGCUAUGUUUUUUUUUCAUAUAAAGGUAUAGUUGUGAUUAUAUUUUUAGUUUUUUAAUUUAUUUUAUUUGAACGCAACUUAUGGUUUCUGAUGUCUUAUAGACGUUACCACAGAAUAUAUUGUAUUACUAAGGUGUAUUUCCAUUUGCUUGUUUAAAAUUACAUAAAAAAUAUAUGUUUUUGUAUUCGCUUAAAAUUUCGAAUGUACUUAAUGAUUUAUAUUUUAUUUCUCUCAUAUAUUUUAGUUUUAUUUAUGUACAUUGUAAUUUGUAUAACACAUAGAUACGAAUAGUUUAGUUGAUAUUUUUUUUAAUUGGUUCGUGUAUAAAGUAGGUAGGUGAACUGAGAGUUGUAUCGAGUCUUUGCCAAGUUCAAAGAUAUUGUGCCAAAGACUAUGGUUGAGGUUAUUUUUAUGUAAAAUAUUAAAAAUUCUGUUUAUCGCACUGGUCUCCUAGCAUAAGUAUGAUGUAGCAAUAUCUUUAGUGCCCACGUGUUUAUAUGUAGAUACAAAUAAAAGUAUACUUAUACAUUUUCGAAA